AUGUUCGCUACUGCGUCGGACGUAACGGCGCGUUGGACCGUUGCCGAAUUCCAGUGCCGAGGAUCAACAGGUCAGACUGGACGGGUGGCUCUUGUGGGACUGCAUCGUCCUGGCGGCAGCUCGCUUCAACCGUCGGACGUCAGUGGCUGCUGCCACAGGCUGCGGGCAUGA